UGACGCAGGCAGCACCGGAAGCCGCUCCCCCGUGAGGCUGCGGACCCCCGAAAGGCGGCCGCGGGGCCAGGCGCCAUGGCUGCGGAGCGGACCCGGCCGCUGCGAGGCUCUGGCGGCCCGAGCGCGCCUAGUCGGUGUGAACCCGGCGCGAGGUCCCAGGCCCCGGGGCACUCGCUCAGGUAAAUUUUUCCAUAACCUUAUGGAGAGAAAGGACUUUGAGACAUGGCUUGAUAACAUUUCUGUUACAUUUCUUUCUCUGACGGACUUGCAGAAAAAUGAAACUCUGGAUCACCUGAUUAGUCUGAGUGGGGCAGUCCAGCUCAGGCAUCUCUCCAAUAACCUGGAGACCCUCCUCAAGCGGGACUUCCUCAAACUCCUUCCCUUGGAGCUCAGUUUUUAUUUGUUAAAAUGGCUCGAUCCUCAGACUUUACUCACAUGCUGCCUCGUCUCUAAACAGUGGAAUAAGGUGAUAAGUGCCUGUACAGAGGUGUGGCAGACUGCGUGUAAAAAUUUGGGCUGGCAGAUAGAUGAUUCUGUUCAGGACGCUUUGCACUGGAAGAAGGUUUAUUUGAAGGCUAUUUUAAGAAUGAAGCAACUGGAGGACCAUGAAGCCUUUGAGACCUCAUCAUUAAUUGGACACAGUGCCAGAGUGUAUGCACUUUACUACAAAGAUGGACUUCUCUGUACAGGGUCAGAUGACUUGUCUGCAAAGCUGUGGGAUGUGAGCACAGGGCAAUGUGUUUAUGGCAUCCAGACCCACACUUGUGCAGCAGUGAAGUUUGACGAGCAGAAGCUUGUGACAGGCUCCUUUGACAACACUGUGGCCUGCUGGGAGUGGAGUUCUGGAGCCCGGACCCAGCACUUCCGGGGGCACACGGGGGCGGUGUUUAGCGUGGACUACAAUGAUGAACUGGAUAUCUUGGUGAGCGGCUCUGCAGACUUCACUGUGAAAGUAUGGGCUUUAUCUGCUGGGACAUGUCUGAACACACUCACUGGGCACACGGAGUGGGUCACCAAGGUGGUUUUGCAGAAGUGCAAAGUCAAAUCUCUGUUGCAUAGCCCUGGAGACUAUAUCCUCUUAAGCGCAGACAAAUAUGAGAUCAAGAUUUGGCCAAUUGGGAGAGAAAUCAACUGCAAGUGCUUAAAGACAUUAUCUGUCUCUGAGGAUAGAAGCAUCUGCCUUCAGCCAAGACUUCAUUUUGAUGGCAAAUACAUUGUCUGUAGUUCAGCACUAGGUCUCUACCAGUGGGACUUUGCCAGUUAUGAUAUCCUCAGAUUCAAUGGCUGUUUGGCGCCCUCCCCAAAUUUGGUCAUCAAGACUCCCGAGAUAGCAAACCUGGCCUUGCUUGGCUUCGGAGAUAUCUUUGCCCUGCUGUUUGACAACCGCUACCUGUACAUCAUGGAUUUGCGGACAGAGAGCCUGAUUAGCCGCUGGCCUCUGCCAGAGUACAGGAAGUCAAAGAGAGGCUCAAGCUUUCUGGCAGGCGAAGCAUCCUGGCUGAAUGGACUAGACGGGCACAAUGACACGGGCUUGGUCUUUGCCACCAGCAUGCCUGACCACAGUAUUCACCUGGUGUUGUGGAAGGAGCACGGCUGACACCAUGAGCCACCACCGCUGACUGACUUUGGGUGCCGGGGCUGUGGGUGUUGGGUGCAACCUCCACGGCAGCCGACUGCAUGAACCAAAGUUCUCACCUAAUGGUAUCAUCACGCAGUGCACAAUCAUUUAUCUGUGUUUGCCAGGGGCCAGGGCUUGGGGCGGGGAGGGCUUGUUUUAUGGACAUACAACGCAGCAUGCUAAUGGGGUACACCAUUGACUUCAUUUGUACUUACUUAUGUUGAUCAGCAUAAGAGGAUGCAUUUUGGAUUCAUCUUUAUUGAGUGGAAUAUUGGUUUUAAGUAAAGAAAGUUAAAUGGUUCAUUAAUCUGCUAAUUGGUUGCCUAUAAAAUCACAUUUAGUCUGUUAUGAAAGCUUUUUACUGUAGCCUUUUUUUCUUUUGAAGUUGAAGCGAAGGUGCUAUGAUGUGGUUAAAACAACUUCUCUCACGUGGGGCUUAGCUUUUUAUACGGGCCAGUGUUACGAAGACCCCCAAGUCCUGUGGCAUUCAUAAAUUUCCCAGCAAAUACCAAUUCUAAAGAAAGCCUGCUUCCCAGUGCAAGUCCAAUUCUAUAAAUUGGUGAACAACUCAUUCUAACUUUCACUUCUUGGAAUUUAGAGUUACAUAGUUUUUGCUUCCCUAUAGAAACAACCUGGGUGACAGCACAGAGGUGACAUGGUACAGUGGAAAGAGCACUGAGCUGGAAAAUUGGAGGCUGGCUAUUACCUAGGAACUCUGCAACCUCAGCCACAUCUCUUCUCUGAGCCCCCAGUUCCUCCUUGUUAUACAGCAAAGUGUUAAGCUAAGUGAUUCUGCAGUUCCUUCCAGCCUUGCAUCUGUUGAAGUGUGCAAAAGUUGAUAGUGCAGUUUGAUUUCAUCAAUUAAUUGUUUUUUUAGGGGGGGGGGCUGCAUAUAAUAUUUAAAUGAAAUCACAGAUCCGAAAGUUGUUAUCUAUAAGGAAAUCCAGUCCUAUGGAAAAGAAUAAAAGGGAAUUUAAAGAAUAUAUCAGAUUCCACUUAGAAUAUGUAAAAUGUAAGCAGUUGUGGCAGAAAUGCUGAUGCGGUCAUGGUUCUGUAGGGAAGCAGUGUGCCAGAUUGGGAAGGAAGAUGUCCAAACCCUCCUUACACUCUUCCUUUGCCUGUGACUUUCCUCCUCCAGGCCCCCAUUUUCUUCAUCUUUAAAGUAAAGGGAUUGUUCUAGAUGAGGACUCACAAACUCAAAGGCAUAAAAAGCCAGGCAGGCGAGGUAAAUGAGUGCAGCGUGCGGGCAGGAUUGUGCUGGCCCUGGAGCCUUUAUCUAACAGCAGCUCCUUGGCUGUAGCUAUUUCAUCAUGGGCAGAAGCUAGCCCAGUGUUCACAGGUCUUCUGGGUUUUUUUCAGGAGGAGCUAGGAAUCCAGAUUUUUAUUGGAAAUACCCUGAUAUUAAAAGUGCUGACAACUGAUUGAAGACAAUUUUCAGUCAAGUUAAACUAAGGAGAACAUGUCAGUGGACUGCCAGUUUGUGUCCACCACCUUCGUCUUCUAAAAUUAGGUAAUUCUGGGGCCAGUGUUGUGGCACAGUGGGUUAAGCCGUCACAUGCAAUUCUGGCAUUCCAUGUUGGAGCACCCAUUUGAGUCCUGGCUACUCUGCUUCCAAUCCAGUUCUCUGCUGCUGCUGCACCUGGGAAAGCAGUGGAAGAUGGCCCAAGUGCUUGGGCCCCUGCCACCAUGUGGGAGACCCAUGGUUUCAUCCUGGCUCAGCCCUGGCUGUUGCUGCCAUUUAGGAAGUAACCAGCAGAAGAUCUCUCUCAUUCGCUUCCUCUCUCUGUCAAUCUGCCUUUCAGAUAAAUUAAUAAAUCUUUAAAAAAUAGAUAAAGUUAGGUAAUUGCAGUUCAGCAAUGGAAAUGUCAUAAACAUUAGGAGAGAGAAGAGGGGGCAGCUGUGGAAGUGGUAGCCUCUUGUGUUGCAAGGAGAGUGAAGGGGCAAGUGAGGGGACAGGCAUUUUUCAUUCACAGACCAACAAGAAAGUAGUUUGAAGAUGAUCGCGAGAACUGGAAGCUCAGUGCAGUCUUGGCCUGGGGACAUGAGUUACUCCUCCUUGCUGUCUCCACUAUAAAGCAUGCCUGUUUAUAGUUGGGCAAAGGGACUGUGGGCAGAUCUGAAAGUGUUGCAGACUUCUAAAGUGGGGACCCAGCUCUCCCAGCAUCUGCAUUCCCAUAGAGCCUGAUGCACCUCUGGGUGCUGUGGUGUUAGUAGAGAAUCUGGCUGCUUCGAGGAAAGGUCUAGUUAAAGUCCAUGUUGAAACUCCAAGGGGAUUCGAUGAAAGAAAGUCUUCCUCAAUCCCCCCAGAUCUGGGUUUAUUCCGCCUCAUACUGAGUUCUGUGAAUGAGCUCUGCUUAGUCCUCUUAGAAGUGGAACCAGGAGGGCAGGCGUUUUGCCGUAGCAGAUUAAGCUGCGGCUUUCAAAGCUGGCAUCGCGUAUUAGAGAGCUGGUUUGAGUCCCUGCUAUUCCGCUUUCAAUCCAGCUUCCUGCUAAUGCACCUGGGAAGGUGCAGAAGAUAGUCCAAGUACUUGGCCCCUGCCAUGGAGUACCUAGCUGCUGGCUGUGACCUGGCUGUUGCGGCCUUUGGAGGAGUGAGCCAGUGGAUGGAAUAUCUCUCCCUCUGUCUCUGCUAUUGCUCUUUUCAAAUAAAUAGGUCUUUAAAGAAGAAAGAAAUGAAGCCAGAAUUGCAGCUGGAAUCUAUUUUGCAGGAGCCCUGGGAGACCUCAGGCAGUGAUGAGGGUAAAUGACUUUCUCGUUUUUGCCCAGCCUGAGCAGAUAACUGAGAUUACUGAUCUAAUGAUCACAUAGCCACGUCUCACUUUCAGGUGUGUCCAAUAGCUUCAAAGGGCGAGUAAUUAUAGUCAUUUGUGGAAAGAAUUUUUGGUACAAUGACUGACUUGAAACUUGGAUGGUAUGUCCCAUUUCGGUUUCAGUGGUGAGCCUGGAAGUUGUCAUCGGAGAGUGCUGACGCAGCUGGAUUUUGACAGCAAUCCGUGAGGCGGUGGUUGGAGUCCUAGCUUUGAUUCCUCUCCACAGAGGCCAUCAUUUCCAUUUAAUGGAAUUGCUUUAUAAAUUCUGGAUUUAUUCAUACGCUUGCCAGCUUCUCUAAAAAAUUUGAAAACUAGGUCAGCUUUUCGACAAAGUAGAGCAAAGUGGGGAGACAGAGGAGUAGGAAGAGAAGUUGCUAGUUCUUACUCUCCUUCCUUGAGUUUGGGGACUGUCGUGUACCUGCUGACGUUGGCUUCCUUAGCUCAGGGGUGAGGGCGUUGCCUUUGCCUCUCAUGAAUAUUCUCAUUUCUGUAACAUUCUGUCUGGAGUACAUCAACUCUGUCCAUGUUUGCAAGGAUUGCAUUUCUUGGAUGACAUUGUGGUGUGGUGGACAUGAAGGGCUGUCUGCUUGCAGGUUUGUAAAGGAUGCCCUAACAGCUUCAGGUUCCAAAAAUAGGACAGAGUUGCUGGAGCCCUGAGUAGAUUUGAGGUUCUUAGAAGACUUUGUUCCCCUUAAAAGGAAGGUAGUUUCUUCCGGCUCCAUUAUUUGGGCUAGUAGUAGUCAAAUCCAGCCCUACCCUGACCAUGUAGACCCUGAUCAGAAAGAUAGGAAGAGAGGCUCUCCAAUGGAAGGGCCAGACUGAAGAGGUCCCACAGGGUUUUGCAAAAGUGCAGCUUGGAGAAUAUUGCUAUUCAGUGCUAAGGUUUAUGCUUCAUUUUUCAUAAUUCAAAAGUUACUCCAUUCUGGCCAUUUAAAAUGUUCAGUAAACUUUAAAAGAGGAUUUUGUAAUCAUUCUCCAGUAUUUGCUUCUAGGAGGAUAAUUAUACCUGCAUUUGUAAAACAGAAAAGAAACACCUUUGGAAACAGUAUUAUUUUGGAUGAGAGGAAAUGAUGUCUGUUAGGUUAGGCAUGGUGACCUAACGGAAACAGCUGAAGAUUGUAGAGCCUGACUUUACACACUGCGUUGGCCAAACCCAGCCAGCUUCUUAAGGCUGGCAGCCUCUUGGGAGCCUAGAGGUGAAUCUUCUCACCGCCAUUCUUAGAGCUUUCUGUGCCUCCCUCCCUUUCCUCUGUAGGGAAGCUAGCAGAAUCAGACUGCUACUCACCCAUGCAGUGUGGGGCAGGGUGCACCAUCAUCUUUGCCCUAAGGGACACAGAGUUGUCAGGAGAAAGGACCCUUUAGGAAUGAUCCCUUGGCCGGCGCUGUGGCUUAACAGGCUAAUCCUCCGCCUUGCAGCGCCGGCACACCAGGUUCUAGUCCCGGUUGGGGCGCCAGAUUCUAUCCCGGUUGCCCCUCUUCCAGGCCAGCUCUCUGCUAUGGCCCGGGAAGGCAGUGGAGGAUGGCCCAAGUACUUGGGCCCUGCACCUGCAUGGGAGACCAGGAGAAGCACCUGGCUCCUGGCUUCGGAUCAGCGCGAUGCGCCGGCUGCAGUGGCCACUGGAGGGUGAACCAAAGGCAAAAAGGAAGGCCUUUCUCUCUCUCUCUCUCACUAUCCACUCUGCCUGUAAAAAAAAAAAAAAAAAAAAAAGGAAUGACCCCUUGACACAACCUUUCCAAGCUCAUUAUUGUGCUGGUGCUCCUGCCAAAAUGGCUUAAUAAAGCCUGAUGAAUAGCGGGUUGGCAUGUUUGACAGAACGCCCACUAGCCGUGUUGGGCAGUGUCUCCUAUUGGAGGUUUCCUAUACCUGGUCUAGGAAAGUGAAAUUUUUACAGAGUGAAUUCUCCGGUGAUUACUGGAGAGUCUCCCAUCAGCCUAAUCAGGCUUACUGAUCAUGCUCAGUGCGAAAGGUGUUUUGCUUUCAAGUUGUUUCUGUUUCCAGUCUUCCUUAGAACCACUCAAUUGCUUGAAAUUAUUUCAGUUUUGACCAGUGUGAACUUAAUUAUUGCAGCUUAGAGAAUCCAGCUACUUCUCUUCAGGAAUGUGCCCCCCCCAAAAUGUGAUUUUGCAUAGGCAAACCUGGCAGACUAUUGAUUCAGCUGAUAAAUGCUCAUAGUUUCUUGGUGUCCUUGUUACGUUGUGAACAAACCGAUUCACCAAUUUAGAUUUAGUCCUCUGAUGAGAAUGCUCAGGUCGAGAAAGCUGGUCUCUUACCAUUCCAGCACCUAUAGCAGCAUGGUACAGUUCUGAUGAACUUUAUGCCUCAUUAACUUGAUGUAUGUUGUGACCUAGAGGGAAAGUUUAUAUCUGAACUGUGGGGUGGGAGGAAGAGGGGAUUGCCUCGGCAAAUAGUGCAGUGAUUGUGAUGAGAAGUUAUUUUCAUGCAUCAUAGAAGCAUUCUCUUACCCAUGAGUGAUUGUGCUAACUAGAAAUCAUCUGUACAUUAAAGCAGAUUCCCGUAAUUAGGCAACAUUGGUUAGCCAAGCCCAAGUUCAUUGUACUUGUAAUAAAACUUCAUUUCCUUAACAAUAUAUUUUGCAGUUAAGACUUUUUUCUUGCUUUUUUCUCCCCUAACCAAGUCAGAUUUUUUUCCCCCAUAACCAGUUUAGGGACUUUCAAAAGCACGUGUGUUUAGAAUGUGUUGGAAAUGGAACUGCUCCUGGUAUGAUUGAAAGUUCUUUUACUCUGCAUGUUCUAUAAUGUAAACUCAACAGGUGUAACAGUUUCUGCAGGAGGCCGGAGAGAAGGCAGUACAUUUACAAGCACAGUGGGAGGAGAGAGUUUUGGAGACCUCCAUGAAUAGAGGCAAAGCGGGGUGGGAGUGGAGGAGGUAGCUUUGCGGGUUGCAGACCUUGGAGUUGUCUUCUCUCUCUCACCCCCCCACCCCAUUCACAUCCACUAGCAAUGUCCUUCCUUCUUCAUUUAAAUGUGGUCCUUUAGUCUUGAUCCCCAUCAGCGUAGGCCGUUGUCAUUCCUGCUUUACAGAUGAGAAAACCGAGGCUGGGAACAGUGACUCAGUGCUUAGUGACUCAGUGCUUAGAGGAGGGUAGCAAGUUGAGAGGUUUGAUGGACCUGGACAUUUCCUGCCUUUCCCAUUUCCCUUUCCAUUCCCUCCCUGUUUCAAGCGUAUGCAAACCUGGACUGCUGCCUUCUUUACUGCCUGUGUGCUCCUUUCAAAAUCGCCUUAACUCUGCUCCCGGGAGCUCUCCUCAGCCGCUCCUUUGAGCUCUGACUCCUGACCCAACAGACUGGGUUUGUCCAGCCUCCCUCUCCUCACAUAAUGGAGUCCCAGCCCACCUCUCCUGGCAGAUAGUUCAUGCUGGCUCUCCUUUGCCCUUGUACGUUGGAACUUAUCCUCCGCUCCUCAUUGGAAGUCCUGCAUGUCCCCUCCACCAGUGAACUCCACUGUCUUCAAAGCUUCUGCUGACCACCAUCCCCUACUUGUCUUGACCAGGUGUUUUUGUCUAGGAAGUUCAACUGUGUGAUUCUUUCAACAAUACAUCAGGUGGUACUUUUUGCAGUUGACAGACUGUUGGCUUUCACCAUUGACCCAUAACUUUCCAAAAUUCAGAAGAUGCUUAGACUCCCCAGUAACACUGUGAGAUUGAGAGUAGGAACUCAAUGAUGCUGAGUUCUUAAUAUUUCAAUAAAUUCCACAGGCUGUCUUGAGGGGUAUGUGGAUUGGAGGAAAAGUCAUUUAUGGGAAUAUCAAGGUAUUGAAAAUUCAGAAUAUAAUAGCAGAUGCAAAAUCAAGACUAAUUCUGCACAGCUCUUCCUGUCAGACUUCUCUGUUCUGCCAUCCUCUGAAAACAUCCAAAGUGUUCUGUAUACAUUUGUGUAGAAGAUUUGAUGAUCACAGCGUGAUUAGACGUGAAUAGUCCUUGCCAGUGGAAUGUUCCUGUCCUUUGCAUUUUAACUACAUGUUCUGUUCUCUUCAUGGUAAAGAUAACCUAACAAUAAUAAAAACUUGGGUGGAAAAUUA